UACCGUAACUAUCUGCAUCGCCGGGCCUUUGAAGUUUAAGUUGUGUAUACGAAGCCGCAGAUAUCAUCAUAUCAUAGCUAAAAGCUCUCCGUCUGUUACCCGCCAGCCAGCCAGCGGCACCCCAGUGCGUGCGCACGCGAGUGUCUCAGUGUCUCACACGCGGAAUCUCAAAUCGCGGAUCCCAGCAGUUGGAUAUCUAACUAAUUCCAACUACCUACUUUACGCAACAUCGCCUCGAGCUCCCACAACACUCUCAUGGCGCAAAAACGCCCCCGCAGCGAAUUCGAGCGUCCGCCGCCGGCGUCAUUCGCAGUAUACGGGCGGGCACUGCCCGCACUCGACGCCGCAACCCGCGACGACGGCUCCUACGUGCCCGUGUGGAAACAAGAGGUGGUCGAUGAUCGCGGCAGGAAACGGCUUCAUGGCGCGUUUACGGGCGGGUUUAGUGCUGGCUACUUCAAUACCGUAGGCUCGAAAGAAGGCUGGACACCAGCGACAUUCAAGUCUUCGCGGGGGGCGCGGGCGACGAAAGCCGGUGCCGCGAAGCCGGAGGACUUCAUGGACGAGGAGGACCUGCGGGAGGCGGAGGAGGCGCGGCAGCUCGAGACGAGCGAGAGUUUUGCUGGGAUCGGCGGGGUCGGCGGGACGGAGGAUGUUGUUGGCCAGCGGAGAUCGUUGAUGGAUCUGUUGGUGCCCGCUAUGCAGGAUACGAUGGGGACGAAGCUGCUCAAGAAGAUGGGAUGGAAGGAGGGCCAGGGGAUUGGCCCGAAGACGCUGAGGAGGGCGAGGGAUUUCGAUGGUGACCUGGCGGCGACCGCGGCUAAGGAAGAUAAGGCGUUUUUGUUUGCGCCCGAGAACUCGAGGUUGAUUGCGUUCAAGCGCAAGGAUAACUCCCAAGGGCUGGGAUACGCGAAGGAAGAGUCGAUUGCGAAGAAGGAGGAGAAGGAUGAGGAGAUUGCAUUUGGUACUGCUUCGAGACCAUCGACGUCGAAGCCCAAGAAAGCCUCCGGUGCCGCGUUCGGAGUCGGUGUGCUCAACGACGACGGGGAAGAUGAAGAAGACAUCUACGAGAUCCGGCCAAAGUGGACGUACAACAAGGUCAUCGGAGGAGACAAGCCAAAGAAGAAGAACCCUGUGGCUCGGCCGUCGGUGGGAAAGCACGUGUUUGUCCCCAAGAAAGGGACAACGCUGAAGAGCUACCAAACGGCGCGCAAGUGCCACGAUGGCCGACUGCCAAUACCAGGCUUCAUCCUCUCGGACGCUUCCGUGCAGCUGGCCGAACCUCGCUAUCCACCGCCGGUAGUUCCAGACGGCUGGAAGGGGACGCCAGAAGAGGCGAGCGCGCCAACCGCCGCAUCCACCACUGCCGACAAGGCGGCCGCAAGUCUAAAUCCCAGAGCGCGCGGGGCUCUAUUGGGGGAAGCACCUCUGCCUGGAAAGUCUGUCUUUGACUUCUUGACUCCCGAUGCCCGCAACAGAAUCGCGAAUCUCACCGGCAAAACCAACCUUCCCCAGGGACUCGGUGAAGCCCCGGUUUCCGCUGCCCGCCCCUCCAUCGCAGAUAUAGUCCCGCCGCUGGACUCGGAAGCAGCAAUAAUGGCACUGAAUGGUGGAUACAUGCCGUACGGCGACGACCCGGACAAACAGGCGCGGUACAGGUCAUUUCUCGAAGUAAAGGCUGGGCUCAAAGAAGGCCUCCCCGAUAGAAAAUACGGCAUGAACACACAAGAUUGGGCCAAAGAGAUGGGCGAAUUUGUUGGCGCAGCGCGGAUCUUCAAGCCACUGACCGGGUCAAUGGCCACACGCUUCACGACCUCGACCUUCGCAUCAAACAUCCAGGGGAACAUGGACCGUGGGCUCGACUCGGACGUGCUCCUCCACCGUCCCGCCGCGAAAGAGGAGGACCCUGCGGAAGCAGCCGCAAAGCUUGGCAUAUAUGGGCCCCUCACUCGAAGCAUCAUCGAGUUUGCACCCAAUAGGCUGCUGUGCAAGCGGUUUAAUGUGCAGUUUUUGGGUACCACCACGGCCCCCACAGAUCAGGCGAAAUCAGCGGCCCCGGGCUACAGUGCUGGUGGUAGCAGCGCUGGAAUAGCGCCGCCGGUUUAUGAAACGGUCAAACCACCGGCUGUGCUGCAGGUGGACGCCGAUAAGAAUGAGGCAUUGGAAGCAGAGAAGGCGUCGGAGGAGGUGUUUAAGAAGAUCUUUGGGGAUUGGGACGAGGAUGAUGAUGAGGACGAUUAGGAAUGAUAAAUUUGUGGCACGCUCAAUAUUAUUAGAGGACUGUUGUUGAACUACGGUAGGUACUGUUCAGAAGAUACCGCAGAUCGCGAGUGCAAAUCUAUGAUACAGGACCGCGAUUGAAAUUUGAAGCUGUGAGAUCUUCUACGCUUGAGUUCUAGAUGCAGUCAUUCUUCAGUAUGUACAUAGAACUUGGACGGCCAAAGACAUCCAGG